UUGGACUAGUAUUUUGUUUAAUACCGUCUCAGAUAUGAGCAUCACUGCUGCUUCCUUGCUUGGACUGGUGCCAUCAKUUAUCUGCRAAAGAGAAGUUGACUUGAAAGAUGUGACUAAUGUUUACAGUAAUGACAUGCCAUCGCCUAAAGUAUUCGACCAAGAGCUUAAACGUUGGAAGUUACGAUAUAAAGACAAAACUCCAGACAAGCGACCAUCAUCCCUAGCACAGUCUCUGAAAGAAUGCGAUAAAGCUCUUUUUCCAAAUAUCCACGUUCUACUUCAAAUUGGCUGUACGAUCCCAGCAACAUCUUGUGAAUCGGAAAGAUCCGCAAGUACAAUGAGGCGGCUCAACAAUUACUUGCGAUCGUCAAUGCACCAAUCAAGAUUGUCUAACCUUGCUGUUUUACAUUCCCAUUAUGAUCGAGCCUCAUCCAUUAACGUAGAGGAAGCGAUCACCAUUUAUGCGAGAAAGCAUACUCGUCGAUUGGAGCUUUCUACUUUACUGUAAAAACAUAGGUUCAAAGGUUCAUUUGUUUGAUGUUAAAGAUUCCAUACUGAAUUUAUAUUAAAAAGAUGAUAUAAAGAGUCUUUAUAUUAGUUUUAGUUCCGUUUUUACUUGGAGUGCCCCCCCUCAAAAAAUCUUCUGGUUACG